AUGGAUGUUUACGAUGAGGAACUUAUAGAGGAGGAAGAUGAUUCCGAACUUUUGGAGUCAAAGGAAUCUAGUGGGAUUAUGAACAAAUUGAUGAAAAUUAGAAAGAAAUUAAGACAAUAUUAUAAAAACGUAAAGAAUAUUCCGAGUAUUGUCAUUUAUAUUUUACAUGCACUUUCUAGUAGAGAGUUAUUUCUUAAAUUUUGUGGAGAAAUUUGGGAUCAUUUGAAAAACACACCAGUUGUUGUUUUUUAUGGAUAUUUAUGGAAAACAAAGAAAGUACAAUUCUUCAUGAAUUUAUUUGUUAGUUAUGGACUUCCAAUUUUAUUAGAAUCUCUUCCUUGGUAUUUCUCUAGAAGAAAAAUUGGUAGAAAUUUAAGAACUCAGAAAAAUACAAUUACAAAUACCAUGAUUGAUAGAAAAUCAUUUAAUUGGGAUUCAUCAAAAUCAUAUAUUUUCCUUACUGUACUAUAUACUCUUUUGGAAAAUAUUGAAAGACAUUUGAAUUAUAAAGUUACAGUAAUGAAUAGACUCUAUGUAAAGAGAUUGGUUUUAGAAAAGAUUUUAUAUAGUGAGGUUUGGGCAUUUUCUGAAUUCCAAGGAAGAGAAUUGGAAUAUAGAAUUUCUACUGAAAUUCAUAAUACUUUGAGACUUUUCAGUUUUGUGGUACCAAACAUUUUAUCAUCACUCUAUGCUAUUAUGAGAGAAAGUAUUGAACUCUAUGAUGGAAGAGCAAAACUUGAUUGGUUAUUAAUUGCUAGACCAAUUGCAUCAAUGAUAACUUGGAGAAUUAUAGAUUGGACAAAGACUCAAAUGACAGGAAAGAGAAAAGUUUUAGCUAAUCUCCAAAGUAAUCAAAGCGUAGCAGUUUUAUUUGAUCAAAUAACUGAAGGAUUAACUGAAAUUCAAUUGAACAAUAUUCAACAAAAGAAAUUAAUAGAGUAUGAUAAUAUUGUUCAAAGUGAAUUUGGAGUAUUUGAAGAUUUGAGAUUAUUUUUCAAUCGUUUAUAUAGUUCUUUUACAAAUAGAAGCGUAUUUGAUUUUCUAUCAGAAACAUUUGUUGCAUCAAUGAUAAUGGAAAAGAAAGAUUUAAAUUAUGAACAAUAUAGAAAAUUACAAAUAGACAUUGAUCACUUGGUAAAAUUGGUAAGAAGAACAGGAACCUAUGUCUUGCAAGCAACCAGAAGUGUUGAAAGACAAACAAGAGUUGUAAAAUUAAUGAAACUUCCAAACUUCCAAGAUGAGAUUAAUGAUGAGUCAUUGAUAAAGGUGGAUGACUUUAAUGAUAUUACACUACACAAUAUCACAUUCUCUUACCAAAAGGGUGGUAAAAAACCAUAUGCUUUGAAUUUCUCUGGAAAAAUUACAUUUGAGAAAAAUUCAAUUUAUGCUAUUAUUGGACAAAACAGAAGUGGAAAGAGUACUCUUGUUAAUUUAAUUACCAAGCUAUAUGCCCCACAAGAAGGAACAAUGACAUUCAAUAAUAUUCCAUACAAGAUGAUUAAUAGAAAUUCAAUUAGAGAGAUAGUUUACUAUGUAGCCCAAAAAGCUUAUGUUUUUCCUGGUACAAUCAAAGAUAAUAUUUGUGUUGGUAUCGAUUAUAUUCCAACAGAUAAGGAAAUUAUUAGAGCUGCAAAGUAUGCUGGUGUAUUUACAUUUGAUGAGGCAUCUAUCAAUUCCAAUGGAUUUACGACAACAACAGUUGAAUCUAAUCCUGUUGCAAUACUUCCUAAUGAAAAGACAAUAGAUGAGCUUUUACUUGCUGAUCAGCCAAAGAAAAAACUCUCCAAAAAGAAAGUUAAGAAAAUAUUAGAAAUGAAAACAGAAUCUAGAGGAAGUAAUCUUAGUGGUGGCUUUGCACAAUCUGUGGCAUUGGCAAGAAUUUAUCUGCAAAAGAGGGCCAAAAUUAUUAUUCUAGAUGAAAGUACAAGUGCUAUGGAUCCAAUUAAGAAGAGAGAUGUUAUUUUCCCAAAUUUAUUCAAGCAUAUUAGAAAAAAUCAAUUAACCCUCCUAAUGAUUUCACACGAUAUGACCUAUCUUGAUCAAGUAGAUAAGAUUGUACUUCUUUCAAAUGGUAAAAUUGCUGGACAAGGAUCUCAUCAAGAAUUGGUGGAACAAAACAAUGAGACCUAUCUCAAAAUGCUUGGACUUUCAUCAAAAUUGUGA